AAGAUUAAUUGUUAAUUAUUAUUUUCGUUAUCAAGAGUAAUCACAAAACUUUUAUUUCAUUCAAACAAUUGACAAUUCAGAUAGCUGUUUGUUUAAAUUUUUGGUGGUUUUUAAUUGAUUUGUUUGUGGUUACAUGAAUCAAUAUUUAAUUAGUGAUAGAAAACACUUGUUUAGUAUAUUUACUCAUAAGCCAUGAUGAGUGCAAAGAGGAUACGUAUUGAGAAAUACCAAGAAGUCUUUGCAAAUUAUGUCAAGGAGAAAAAGGAUUUUAUCAACUCUCUUGAUAAUGAUUCGUUAGCACAAAUAUUCAUGCUGCUGCCAAUAUCUGAGAGAAUAACUAUGGAUCAAGGUAUAAUUAUUAAAAUAUAUAUUUUUUAGUUUGUUGAUAUUAAUGUUUUAAAUUUGUUAUUUUCUAUUCCAGUUUGUUCCAAAUGGAAAGAGGCCUGUCAACUAGCUUGGCAUGACAUUAAAAAAUACAAAUGUACCAAUACAAUUGUUCGUAAUCAUAAAAAAUGUAUUUUAACACAACGAUACGUAGAAAAAGUAUUAUUCAAUUGUGGUAUUUAUUUGAAAGAAUUGAUUCUUUCUUUAAUUUGUGACUCAAGUAUCAUGCCAAUAAUUGCUGAACACUGCAAAAAUUUAACAACACUUGAAUUUGCACUUGUCGAAUUUGGGAAUAAAAAUACUUAUCGCUUUGUUGAAGCAUUUACACAAUUGGAGCAAUUGAAAGUCGUUAAAAUACAUAUAUCUGGAUAUAACUUUCAAUUUCGAAUGCUGAAUAGUCUUCCAAAAGAUAUAAAUGAAAUUCAUUUAUUUUUUAAACCUAAUGGAUCUCCAGAAAUCUCAUUCGAUUCGGGCAUAAUAAAAUCAACACUAUUUGUAAUUAGUUUCCAUUAGCCAACAACAAUGUUAUUCAAUUCAGAUCCAGUAGCACCAUCAUUUUUCUCUUUGAAAAAAUUUACCAAUCUUCGAAGUUUGACAAUACAUCGUUGCAUUAUCACCGAUAUUAUUCAAGAAAUAUCAAGAAAAACAACACUUGUUUAUCUUGAUCUCGAAAAAUGUAAAACCAAAAAAGAGAUUUUUACAUUCAAUCAACUUUUAAACUUGGAACAUCUCAACAUUAAGGAUGUGUCCUUCAUGGAUAGUCACACUAUAUCACAAAAUAUUCCAAAUCUACUCAGUGGUAUUUUCAAUGCAUGCAAAAAUUUAAAACAUCUUGAUGCACCAGAUUUUCAUGUUGAUCUAGUUGAAAUUAAAAUGGAAAACUGGGUAAACUGGAGAAACUUGGUACAUUUAAAUAUUCGCUGGCAAGCUAGUGAUGCAAUAAUCGAAAAUAUCAUCAAGCAUUGCAAUAAUUUAGAAUUCAUAAAUAUUGAUGAAUUAAAUAGUGAAUCUACUAUAGAAUUAACAAAAUUAGAAAACCUUAAUCAUUUAGAUUUCGAGGUGACAAAUAUCGAUAACGAAGUAAUGGUUGCAAUUAUAAAUAAUUGUAAAAAACUUAAACAUCUAGUACUUCCCGAGUAUAAUAUGGUGAAGGCAUCAAUUUUUUAUGAUUUAUCAAAAUUGCAAUAUAUUGAAAGUUUAAAUUUGGCAUUUAGUUUCAAACUUGGAGAUAGUGCUAUUAUUGCUAUUGCUAAAAAUUGUAAGCUCUUAAAAUGUUUGAAUAUUAAAAAUUGUAACAUCACUUCAAGUGGUUAUAUUGCUUUAACGGGCUUGAAGAAUUUGGAAGAACUAAAUAUCGAAAUGAGUGUUAAUGUUGAAGACAAUUUUGUUGUCAAAUUAAGAGGAAUAAAAAGUUUAUAUUGUUCUGGAUGUCACGAACUUACUGAUACUGGUAUCAUUCAAUUUAUAAAAAAUAAUCCAGAUCUUGAAUUUCUUGAUAUUAGCUAUAUGACAAAUGUUACAAUUGACACGAUUAUUGGUGCAGAAGAGGCAGUUAAAAAUCGUACAAAUAAUACUCUUUUAGCUAUAAAAACUGAUGUUUUAGAUCUUGAAAAAGCCUGCCUUGACUCUCAAUGGUUAAUUUAUUGUUAGAAUCAAUUUGGAGUAUUUUUUUUCUCAGCAGGUACUUCUUGUUAU